CUCCCAGUAAAUACACAACCAACCACACUGAACCUCUGUGUCCACCUCCCCACCACACAAACAAACAGUAACUUCAGUCUGCCAAGAGAGCCAGGUAGCCUGUUGUUGUUCUAGGCAUCGUAGUUUACAGGAUUGACCAGCCUUUUUGUCUGAUUUAAUUUGGAGGACUUUAUUUUGGAGAAAACCUGGCCAGAAAGUACUUCAUCAAUUGUUUUGUAUCCCAGCAACCUGUUCUCCCAACGACUUUUCCACAGGUGAUAAACCAUGAAUGAGACGUUCACAGAGGCAUAUGAUUAUGACAUCACAGAAAACGACACUAAAGAUUAUCCAGAUGAUAACGAAUAUAUCUGUAACCUGAAUCCCAACCGUGAUAUGGAGAUAGUCAUACAGACCUACUUCCAUUCCUUCAUCUGUGCAUUCGGUUUCUGUGGCAAUGCAUUGGUGAUAGUCACAUAUGCCUUCUACAAGAAAGCCAAGACCAUGACGGACGUGUACCUUCUGAACGUGGCGGUGGCAGACCUGCUCUUCAUCGUGGCCCUACCUCUCAUAAUUUACAAUGAGCAGCAUGACUGGAGCAUGGGCUCAGUGGCCUGCAAGGCUUUGAGAGGAGCCUACAGUAUCAACCUGUACAGUGGCAUGCUCCUGCUGGCCUGCAUCAGUGGAGACCGUUACAUCUCCAUCGUCCAGGCCAGGCGCUCCUUUGGCCUCCGGUCCAAGAACCUGAUCUAUAGCCGCCUAAUCUGUACAGCCAUCUGGGCUCUGGCCAUAGCCCUGUCUGUCCCCACAGUCAUCUACAAUGAGCGGGUUGAGGAGACCAUCUUGCUGGAAGGGACUAUAACCGUGUGUCAGGAGCAGUUCCAAAGUAACAGGACCGCCCGGCUGAUGAAGGUGCUGGUGCCUAGCCUGCAGGUGGCCAUGGGGUUCUUCCUGCCCCUCCUGGCCAUGGUCCUCUGCUAUGCCAGCAUCCUAUGGACCCUACUGAGGGCCCAAAGCACCCAGAGACACAAGGCGGUUCGUGUGAUCCUAGCCGUGGUGUUGGUCUUCAUCGUGUGCCACCUGCCCUACAAUGUGGUGCUACUCUACCACACGGUGGCGCUGUUCCAGCAGAGGGAGUGUGAGGUAGAGAAGAUUAUCCUUACCACCCUCACCAUCACCAGGAGCCUGGCCUACCUCCACUGCUGCCUCAACCCCAUCCUGUAUGCCUUCAUCGGGGUCAAGUUCAGGAGCCACUUCAGGAAGAUCCUGGAGGACCUGUGGUGCAUGGGCAGGAAGUACAUCUACCCAUCUGGACGCUCCUCACGCAUGACCUCUGACCUCUAUAUCCCAGCACACAAGUCCACCGACGGAUCCAACAAAUCCAACAAGAAUGUCUCGUCGUUUACCAUGUGAACAUGGGAGUAGGUAGAGAUUGCCUCCAAUUACUAUCGGUGAUAAAUCAAGUAGUGAUUUAUAUUCUGUGUACAGUGUGAGUAUUUGUUUGCUACUGUAUCUACAUAAUUUACCUAUAGUAUUUGCUGUAUUAAUCCAAUUGAAUGCUCAUCGCUACUCUAAUUACAGAUAAAAGCCGGGCAUUUUACCAGAGAAUUUUAGAACAUGGACACUGUCUCGUUGGCCUAACGUUAUAUUCUAUUUUGACUUUGGUGCAGGUCAUGUUGUUCUUCACGUUACCAUCUCUGGUAGAUACAUACUACAGUCUAUCAAAUAAAAUCUGUUAAUUUCUCACAUGAACAGGAUACAGAAGGUGUGGUGAAAUGGUUACUUGCAUAGUGGAGUCUUUUGUUUAGACAUGUACUGUAGCUAGCUAGUUAGCUAGCUAAACAAUGAAGCAUAAUCCCAACUCAAAACAUUACUACCCUGCAUGACACACACACACACACACACACACACACACACACACACACACACACACACACACACACACACACACACACACACACACACACACACACACACACACACACACACACACACACACACACACACGAUGACAUAUGCACUAUACACACACAUGGAUUUAGUACUGUAGAUAUGUGGUAGUGGUGGAGUAGGGGCCUGAGGGCACACAGUGUGUUGUGAAAUCUGUGAAGGUAUUGUAAUGUUUUUAAAAUUGUAUAAACUGCUUUAAUUUUGCAGGACCCCAGGAAGAAUAGCUGCUGCUUUGGCAGAAUUAGAAAUGUAUAAUAUCUGAAAAUGCAGUUACAGUAGCUAGAAUAUCUUACCUUUAUAAAUGAAUGGAUGCUUCUCCCUCUCUGUCACGGAUGCUAUGGUUGCAGAUGUAUAAAACACUUG